CCGAGCACGCCCGUCGGCAGCUUUGUGGUAGCUCUCGGCUUCCGUGGCCCAUCUAGCAAGAUGGCAGCUUCCGAGACGGUUCGGGUACGGCUGCAUUUCGAGUACCCGCCGCCAGCCUCUCCAAACUGCUCCUCCUUCUGGCUGCUGGUCGACCUGACCCGCUGCCGAGUCGUCACGGAUCUCAUCAGUCUCAUCCGCCAGCGCUUCGGCUUCAGUUCCGGGGCGCUCCUGGGACUCUACCUGGACGGGGGGCUUUUGCCGCCCACCGAGAGCGCGCGCCUGGUACGGGACAACGACUGCCUCAGAAUUAAAUUAGAAGAGAGAGGAGUUGCUGAGAAUCCUGCAGUGGUCACUAAUGGUGAUGGUGGCCAGUUAAUUCCUAGAAAAGUGAAGAAGCGGGCCUUUAAGUCGGAGGAAGUUGAAGAAACCGAAAUGGAUUGCAGAGCCUCAAAAAAGCAUUGCAAGAGGCAAGAGAACAGUAAGAGAAAUGAGAAAAACUUGAUUCCAGAGCCCAAAUCCUCGAAAGGUCAUAGUGUAAAGAAAAAAAACAAAAAGAAAAAGAAAGCUACAGGUCAGAGAGCAGAUGAUGAUGAUGAUGAUGAUGACGAUGACGAUGAAGAAGAAGAAGAAGAAGCCCAAAGGAAAACACCAAAGAAAAAGGAAAAGCGUGAAUACAGAAAACAGACAAAGACUCUCAAGUCUUCUAAAGCACAGACAGCAAGAGAGCGGACCGUCCAGAACUCCAGCUCUUUAUACAGUGCUCAUGCCCGAAACAGCAUCCUUAAGCGCAAAACUAAAGGUGGCGUGGACAGCUGUUCAAAAGGCAGCCCCAGUUCUGACUCAGACUCGGAAUCAGCCAGUGAGGGUCUCGGCAAAGCUGUCUCUAAGAAAACACCUCCUGAGUUGUCAAAGGAAGAACCCCUGACCAAAAAUGCCAAGGCAAGCGAAGUGGCUGCCAAACCUGGCGUUCCCUCCACCCCUGCCCCCGGCAAGUCGUCCGGGACCUCAUCUUCUGAUUCAGACUCUAGUUCCGACUCUGAUGACCAGAGUACAACUUCGAAGAUCAACCCCAAGGCUCUCUUGCAGAGAGUGGGCCUCUUUGCAGGAAAAACGUGCCCAGGUCAACGGCCGUUAACACAGACCCCAAGUCCUGCCGCCGGGAAGUACUCUGACACCAAUGGUGGCCCCCAGGUUCUCAGCCCUCCUCCCAAUGUGACUCUCCCCUCCACUUUGGGAAGAGGCUGGGGGAGGGGAGAGGACUUUCUUCCUUGGAAGGGAGCACGGGGUCGGGGCAUGCGGGGACGUGGUCGAGGCCGAGGUUUUCCCAAUGUCUUAAAUAGAAAUGCGGAGAAUGCGAAGCAGCAGCAGCUCAGUGAAAUGGUAACAAACUCAUCUAUAAUUAUCCAGAACCCAGUAGAGAUGCCCAAGAAUGAAAACAGUCCCUUCCCGCCCCCAAAGGACUACAGUCUGUUACCGCUGCUGGCAGCCGCCCCUCAAGUUGGAGAGAAGAUUGCAUUUAAGCUUUUGGAACUAGCACUCGAUUAUUCUCCUGGGGUUUCUGAAUACAAGGAAGGAAAAAUACUAAACCACAAUCCUGAGACCCAGCAAGUAGAUAUAGAAAUUCUUUCAUCCUUACCUGCCACGAAAGAACCUGGGAAGUUUGACUUGGUUUAUCACAACGAAAAUGGAGCUGAGGUAGUGGAGUACGCUGUGACGCAGGAGAAGAAGAUCACCGUUUUCUGGAGAGAGUUGAUUGAUCCGAGACUGAUUAUUGAAUCUCCGAAUAAAUCAAGUCCAAAGCUUGCCUGACUGUGACCUCUCUAGCUCACAGUUUACAGAUGUCUUAUUUGUGAAAGUGACUAUAAACCUGAACUUUUUUUUUUUUAAAAAAAGAAGAUUUGAAAAUUGUUUGCAUUUUUUUGUUACCUUUACUGCAUAGGGGGAAAAAAAUCUACCUCAUGUUUUAAAAUCACAUGGGCAUUGCUUUUGUAGACUUUUUUGCAGGUUUAAUUUCAAGUACAAAAUUUAAAACAUGACAUUCCCUGCAGACAUUGUUAUAUGCCAAUGUGUAUGUUUUUUUUCUUUUAAAAAAUUCUUUUUACCAUCAAGUAGCCAUCGUCAGUAGGAGCUUGUUAGACCAAGUACUAGGAAGCACUGCAUAUCUUGUUUCAUAAAUUUUAUUGAGUAACAUUUGAAAACAUGGGACCAUGUUACUUGACUCAAUUUUUUAAAAUUUGAGUUGUUCCAUUAAAUUUGGAACAUCUUAAAAAAUCAAGUAUUUUAUACUUGUAAUUGUCAAGAAUUAAUAAGUAGUUAAGUUUGUUGCAGGCAAUGAGUCAAUCCUUUCACAUUUUUCUUAACUUUCAACAUCAAGGAUUCUCAGGGCCCUGUGAAAAUAAGACCACCUGGGUGUGAGGGUGUGUGUGUUUGUGUAUUUGUGUGUGUUUGUGUGUAUGUGCCUGGGGAAUAAUUGUCUUCUAGGUGGGUGCAAGGAUUUACUGAGCUCAGGCCAGAGAAGUGAUGCCUUGCUACAAAAUUCCAAGAAUCUGGCUGAGUAUUGGAGGACAGAUCUUGAACAGAAAUUUUCUUUCCUGUUAUUCAGUACAAAGCUAAAAUGGGAAGAUACAGACUGUGAAAAGAAAAAAAGAGAAACGAAACGCAAGGGUCAUUUUGAUGAAAAUCCAGAUCCUUCAGUUUUACAGAAGUUUGUAAAUAAAAUCCUGUUGAACUGAAACUUCUCUCCUGAGUCAUCAUGUUUAGUUGAGAAUUUCACAUUGUUUUCUUUCUUAUUUUACAAUAAUGCAAGAGAUUAAAGUUUUCUGGGUGGCCACAGCGAUAGUACA